AUGAGAAGAACCCUUGAUAAUGAUUACCCGGCGAGUAGUGAUGAUGAUCUCGAUAACUUAUCAACAGCCGGUCAGGUUCCUGGCUCCAAAGAAUUGGCCAUACUGCCUAAGAGUUUCAUAUUGAAGUUAUAUAUUGGAACUAAGGAUAUCUUGCUGGAGAUAACUCGAGAUAUGGAUGUAUACGAUAUUCUCCUCUUGGCCUGUAAGGUCAUUGGAGUCUCGACAAACAUUGACCCCACAGAACUUGUCAUUCACCUAGAACAAAACGAGCUGUGGACUGUCUGCAUGCCGAUCAAACCAUUCGCCCAACUGCAGUCCCUCAACAUCCUAUCCUCUUCACCAUCUUCUCGCAACCCCACACCCCCAUCACCAAACUACCCACACGAAAAUGAUGAGACCACCACAAAGGAUUUAACUUCGAGGGAACUUUAA